AUGGGCAGUUCCCUUGAGAGGGAGUCCUAUCCUAUUCGAGGUUCCAUGCACAAGCACAGGGAAGAGCCACUAGGUCAUGCAGUGAAACCUGGUGAUCCCCUUGCUGGCUGGGGCUCAUCCCUGCUGCCGUUUGUAGCACGAAAGGCAUUCUGUCCUGAAGACGAUGACGCGUAUGUUUUUGCUGUGUGGUCUGGUGUUUCUUUUACCCACGGAAUCCUGCAAGACGUUAUGCCAGCUAUAUGUGAUGGUGUCUGUGUGGACAGUUCACACUGCAGUCAGCCUUGCCCUCCUGACAUUCAAGGAAAUAUGGGAUUUUCAUGCAGGCAAAAGCAAUGGCACAAGACCACUGACACCUGCCGGACUCUAAAUGCCUUCAGUAUUUUUCAGGACACAGCAAUUAAUUUUGUUCAGCCACUUAAACACAAUUCUGAAGUGUAUGAAUAUUCUGCAAAGCAAGAGACCAUUAGUGAGAUGUUAAUGCGGAGGUGUCCAAAGGAUUUAUCCUGUGUCAUUAGGAACAUUCUGCAUUCUCCACGGAUGCCAGGAAAUAUUGCUGUCAUUGUGGAGCUCUUGCACAACAUAUCCACCCCCACAGCCUUUCGGGAAGGCGUUGAUGAGGCAAAAAUGAAGAGUUACAGUACCAUGGCCAACCACAUUCUUAACAGCCAAAGUAUCUCGAAUUGGACCUUCAUUCCUGACCAAAACAGCAGCCACAUCUUGCUACACUCAGUCAAUUCCUUUGCAAGGAAGUUAUUUCUUAAAAAUCAACCCAUUAAUAUAUUGAAAGACUUCAUUCAUACUACGGGAACAACCAUAUCUGGAGAGAACGAUGAAAAUAAUUUAACUUUAUCAAUGAGAGUGAAUGACACCUACGUUAAGGUCAUUGGAGGGGUGAUGAUUAGCAAAGAUGAACUUCACAAGUUGCCUUCCCCUUCUCAAGUGAUCAGUAUCGCCUUUCCCACUCUGGGGGCCAUCUUGGAAGCCAGUCUUUUGGAAAACAAGACCGUGAAUGGAGCUGUUCUGUCUGUCAUUUUGCCCAAGGAACUUGAAAUUAUCUCCCUGAGUUUUGAAAAGAUCAGUAAGGCUGAGGAAAGGAGGUCACAGUGCGUUGGCUGGCAUUCCUUGGAGAACAGAUGGGACCGGCAGGCCUGUACAAUGAUUCGAGAAAACUCCCAUCAAGCUGUUUGCAAAUGUAGGCCAAGCAAGUUGUUUACUUCUUUCUCAAUUCUUAUGUCACCCCACAUCUUGGAGAGUCCAAUCUUGACUUACAUAACGUACAUAGGGUUGGGCAUUUCUAUUUGCAGCUUGAUCCUUUGUUUGUCCAUUGAGGCCUUGGUCUGGAGCCAGGUGACAAAGACAGAGAUCUCUUAUUUACGCCAUCUGUGCAUUGCUAAUGUGGCAGCUACCCUCUUGAUGGCCGAUGUGUGGUUUAUUGUGGCUUCUUUCCUUAGUGGUCCAGUGACACACCACAAUGCCUGUGUGGCGGCCACGUUUUUCGUUCACUUCUUUUACCUUGCUGUGUUUUUCUGGAUGCUUGCCAAGGCCCUCCUUAUCCUCUACGGAAUCUUGAUUGUUUUCCACACGCUACCCAAAUCAGUCUUGGUGGCAUCUCUCUUUUCUGUGGGCUAUGGGUGCCCUUUGAUCAUUGCUGCUAUCACAGUAGCAGUCACUGAACCUGACAAAGGCUACCUGCGGCCUGAGGCCUGCUGGCUCAACUGGGAUAUGACCAAGGCCCUCCUGGCCUUUGUGGUUCCAGCUCUGGCCAUCGUGGUUGUCAAUCUCAUCACAGUCACAAUAGUGAUAGUCAAGACUCAGCGAGCUUCCGUUGGCAGUUCCAUGUUCCAGGAAGUAAGAGCCAUUGUGCGAAUCAGUAAGAAUAUCGCAAUCCUCACACCUCUGCUGGGUCUGACCUGGGGAUUUGGAAUAGCUACAGUCGUCAAUGAUCGCUCCCUGACCUUCCAUAUUAUCUUCUCUUUGCUUAAUGCAUUUCAGGGCUUCUUCAUCUUGGUCUUUGGAACAAUUCUGGACCCGAAGAUAAGAGAAGCUUUAAAGGGACGAAUAACCUCUGCAAAAUGGAUCUCCAGAUUAUCAGAGGAACCUGUGGGGCUUUGGUCUCCCAUGGCCUCCAGACCAUGUUGCUGGAUGGAGUUACUACUCAGGAAAAGUGUUCCAGCAUAUCUGGGCAGAAGUCACGUGGCCUGCAUGUCACCUGACCGGGUUCUGUGGGUAGCUGAGGGCAAUGCCCUUCUGAGUAGUCAUCAACAGUUGGGAUGA